CCUUCAAGAAUCUACCCCCGCUGCUCUUGACAGAUUGCUUUUGCAACGUGGAGUGUUUGUUCGGCUGGGCAUGGGGUGGUUCGGUGGGUUGAUCAUUCAGCAAUCUCCGCAGCGCCACCUGUACGACUACUGUGUGCAGCUGGAAGUAGACCACAGUACGCGCAAUAUGAAGCUGCCCUUAGACAAGUACAGCGGAGAUCCGGACGCGGCGGUAGGCUCAUGGGUUUUGCUUGAGAGCGUCAGUAGGGCGGGAAGGGUACGCACCCCCAACGUCACUCUUGUGGACCAAGACGGUUGACAGUUGCCCCAUGGGGGGGUGUUUGCGGGUAUGAAACUCUGCGUCGAGUGCAGUUGAGUAGUGCACCAAUUGAGCAAUCGAUGAUGAAAUAAGAACAAGAACACCGUUUCUGGAGACAACUGGACGACGAAAUAAGAACCUGGCAAAUAAGAACUUGUGCUCGGCUUGGGGCAGCCAACAAGAAGCGAGCCUCGCUCCAAAUAAGAGGUUCUUACGUGCGGGCCGGUUCUGUA